UCAGCCUCGUACUCACCAUCACCAAGUACACUACAACCCCAGCGAUCCCUGUAUUCCUGAUCUCUCUCUCUCUCUCUCUAUCCCUCUGUUUCUUUGGGCUUUGCAGCAAUAUCUGAGGCCUUUGCUUUCUUCUACAUCGCGUUAAGUUCUCAUUCAGGAUCUAACGUACGUGCUUCGUGCGUUGCCUCCAAGGAAAAAACCCUCUCCAUCGUCGUGGCAUUGGCAACCGGCCGAUGGCGUCUCGGGAAGGAGGAGGAGGUCCGCCGGCGGGCCGCGUGGGCCGGACGCGGGAGUACCGGACGGGCAUGCAGACCGAGCUGCUGUCCAUCGACGCCCCGCCGUCGGUGAGCCUCUUCGUGCUCUGCGGCGACCGCUUCGAGGCCGCGCACCUGUUCCGGUCGGGGGCCCUGUCGCUGCACAUGGCCCGCGUGGAGGGCGUCCCGGUGUCCAUGGCCACCUGCGCCGUCGGCGACCACCACUGGAUGCUGGCGCGCGACGCCCUCGUGGCGCGCAUCGACGCGCGCGCCUUCGUCUUCGAGCUCCCCGGCUUCUUCUACGCCGUCGUCGUGCCGCCCGGCGCCGCGGCGGACAGGAAGUGCGCCACGAUGGCCGACAUCUUCUCGCGCUUCUGCGCGUACCACGAUCUUGCCACCGCCGCCGAUGAUGGAAACGAACUUGCUGGCGAGGCGGUGAGCACAAACCCGUGGGUCCGUGCCCACGCCGUGAUACAGCGCCUCAAGAGGCACGCCUCGCCCGCAGCAGGACGACAGGCCACCGCCGAUGACGCGUCGCCGUCGUCCGACCGUGCCAGGCAGAUGGAGCGCGCCGUCCGCACGUCCGCGGUCGUCAAGCUACUUACCCGAUCCCUGCUGGCUGGCGUGCUCCAGCCCGGCCGCCACCUGACCAUCACCACCGGAGGCGGCGGCGGCGGCGCCGCCAAUGCCGGCACCAGCUCGCGGCCCUCCACCACAGCAGCGCUGCCAAGCAAAUCGGCCGUGUCAGACCUCCUCGACGCUAUCGAGACGAACCGGGCCGUGCCGCGCUGCGACACCCGCCGUGCAUCCGGUGGCGGACUCGGGUGGUGGAGCCUCAACGUGGAGGGUGUAAUGCUGCUGCUCAGGGUCGUCCAGGCGGUGCGGGGAAGGAAGAACCUAGCGGCGCCGGCGGCAGGGGAGAAGAGGCCACGGGACGCGGGACCUGGUCGCGACACCAUGAGAGGUGGCGUUAUGGGUGGCGGCGGCGCGGCUCGGCGGUGGUGCGGCGGGAGGCCGAGGAAGAUUGGGAAUACCGUUGGCGCCUGCGGGAGCUCUUAGAAUCUUCGGCGCCCAAGGAAUAUAGUAGUACGAGAUUACUACUAGUAACUAGCUAGGGGUUUAGGGUAAUUAGGGAACGGUUCGAUUUCUUGAUCUACUCUUGUCUCUUGUAAGCAUCAAAUAGAUGCAUGCGUGGAGAUCGGUAUGCUUUCAGAAUUCAAUUAUUUGAGUAGUUCUCGCCAUCAUCAAACAGAGAUGCAUGCUUGACGAUUGGUAUGCUUUCAGAAUAUACUCUUCCCAGCCUCAAAUUAAAACGA